AUGUUUCCGGAUCCCUCUCAACCCUUUCCCCAAGGAGACCAGCAAUUUCCUUUUCCCGGGCAGCCCUUCCCUCUGCCCGGAUACCCAUUCCCUCUCCCGGGGCAGCCCAUGCCGGAAGGCAUGCAGGGGCAGCUUCCUCCCGGGCAGUUUCCCGGGCAGCCGCCGGAAAUCCCCGGCUUCCCAGGCGCGUUUCCGGGCGGCAUGCUGCCGGGGCAGCUGGGCGGCAUGAUGCCGCCCGAGAUGCUCCCGGGGCUACAGUGCCCGCGGUUCAUUCUGCGGCGCCCGUACCGCAACAUAGAGCGCGAGUACAUGCUGCAGGAGAGGGCGCCCCUGGGCACGGGGCAGUUUGGUAUUAUCAGGAGCUGCGUGAAGCUCAAGACGGGGGAGGUGCUGGCGUGUAAGAGCAUCAGCAAGAGCACCUUCCAGUAUGCGGAUGAUGCAGAGGCAGUGGGCAUGGAGGUGGCGGUGAUGGAGAUGCUCAACGGCCACCCCCACAUCAUCCGCAUGCGCGACGCAUUUGAGGACUCCCGGGACGUGCACAUAGUGAUGGAGAUGUGUACGGGGGGCGACCUGCACGACCGCGUGAAGACGCACGGGCCGUACAGCGAGGAGGGCGCGGCGCGCGUGCUCAAGGGGCUGGUGGAGGCGCUGCUGUGCUGCCACGGGAAGGGCGUCAUGCACCGCGACGUCAAGCCCGAGAACGUGCUCAUCUGCGACACCCAAGACGACACAAGGGUCAAGCUUAUUGACUUUGGGGUCGCCACGUUCAUCGAGCCAGACGCGUCCUGCAUGGAGUUCGUCGGCACGCCCAUGUACAUCGCCCCGGAGGCGAUCAAGGAGAGCGAGGUCUCCUUCUCCUCGCCACGCUGGCAGACCAUAUCAGACAGCGCUAAGAACCUUGUAAAGAGGAUGCUUACAAAGGAUCCCAAGAUGCGGAUUCUGGGUGCUCAAGUGCUCGAGCACCCGUGGGUGAAAUACAUGACUGAUAGGGAGGAGCCAUGA